CAUCAGACAACUCUGAGCCAAGACCAGAUUGAAAAGGACCUGAACUAGACCUCAACAAGAACUAGGAACCUAAGCCAGAACCAGAACCAAAUCCACCAUGGAAAAAGGUCAGACUGCUUAUUUGUCGUUGGGUUUGAUUUUACUCACUUUGCAUGUUGAUUUACAUGUUUGUCAUGUUUAACUGUGAACAUUAGGGCUCGCCUAUCAGACACCUAUCUCUCUGACGCUUACCUGCCUUAAUCUAUCUUGUCUGAUACUUAUCUGUCUAUAUCUGACUUGUCUUUUACCUAUCUAACUCUGACAUGACAAGAUCUUACCUGUCUUAAUCUAUCCUGUCUGACUCUAAGCUGUCUUUAUCUCACCUGUUUGACUUUAAACUGCCUUAACCUCUCCUGUUCAACUCUUACCUGUCCUUAUUUUACCUGUCAGACAUUUACCUGUCUUUAUGUAAUCUGCCUGUAUCUUACCUGUCUCUUUCUUACCUAUCUAUAGCUCAACUGUCUUUAUCUACCUUCUCUUUAUCUAACCUCUCUUUAGCUAAAACUAACCUGCCAGACUCUUACCUGUCUGUCUCCUACCCGUCUCUUUCUUAACCCCCAUCUUUAUCAAACCUGUUUGACUUUUGCCUGUCUUUAUUCAAUCUGCCUGACUCUUUCUUGGGUGUCUAUAUCUUACUUGUUUGACCCUAUCGUGUCUUUUCCUUACCUGUCUGUCUGUCUGUCACCUAUCUGGCUUUUACUUAUCUUUAUCUAACCUCAUUCCUACCUACCUACCGACCCAUAUCCAACCCAUCUGUCACCUAUUGGCCUGUUUUUUUCCCUGUUUCUUCCCUGUCCUUUUCACACCUGUCCAUGUCUUUUCUGUUUGUUUCACACCUGUGUCCUUAAUCCCUUGCUCACCCCUGUGGUUGUCACACCUUUGUCUCUCUCUUUCCUGUCUAAUGAUGUUUGUAUCACAGCUGUCUUUUAUGUUAGUCUUACACCUGUCCUUGUUUUACCUGUUUGUUCCACACCUCUCCUCACUCUCUCAUGUUGUCUCUUACCUGUCUCCUUCCCUCUUGUGUGUGUCACCUGUCCAUCUCCCAGUGAUCCUCCUGCUGUCCAUGAUGUGUCUGAGCAUUUCCUCUCAGCCAAUCACAGACGCCCAGCGUUUGUUCUCGAUCGCCGUCAGCAGAGUCCAGCACCUCCACCUGCUCGCUCAAAGACUCUUCUCUGAAUUUGUGAGUGUGUAGGAGUCAGCUGAGCAAAAUACACUUAUUAUACAGUACAUAACAAAGUCAAAAACACACAAAGACCUGAUUGAGUAUCACUGAAAAAUCACGGUGUGUGCAACUGUAAUUCUUUUCGUGUAUUUCUGUUUGUAUAACUUUCUCCGACUGGGUGUUUCUGUUUACUGUGUCUGUCAGGAGAGUUCUCUGCAGGCCGAGGAGCAACGUCAGCUGAACAAAAUCUUUCUGCAGGAUUUCUGCAACUCUGACUACAUCAUCAGCCCCAUCGACAAACACGAGACGCAACGCAGCUCUGUGAGUAAACUGCAUCGUGAUAGGUUCACUUUUAGUCACAAUCUAUAAAGACAAUACCAAUACGUUUUGGUAACAUUUUGCCUGAUAUAGUUUAAGUUUGAUUCAAUAAAUUUUAUUUUAGCAAUAAUCAUCUAAUAAUCAAAACAUUGUCUCUCUCUCUCUUCAACUAAUUUAACUUACCAAAAGUUGGUAUCAAGGAGGUACCAAUUACAAUCUGUAAAGCAACAUAUAAUUCUUUGAACAAUUUUACUUUUGUCAAAUCUGGAUAAUUUAGCCAAAAUUCUCCCACAAUGCAAUGCUGCUGAGCAGUCCUUACGAAUUAAAGCAUUACACACAGAAAAAAUGCUAAUUUGGAGAAAUGAUCCUUGAUUCAAGUCAAGAAACAAACCAUUCUUUCUGUGACCACGAUUGAAAGGAUUGCUUGGCGACUCUACUUCAACAUGUAUUCAAGAACAAUACAUUACACUUACUGCACAAUGAAUAGGAACAGGAUAAAACAGAAAGGCACGUUAGUUGUUAUAUUUCUGCAAAAAUAAGUGGGCUACUGAUGGCAACGUCAAAUGCUGAAAAAAUUUCUUGGUGUAGUGUACGCUUCAGCAGUAAUAAGUGAUUCAGUCAGAGUUCUUGUACUGUUUAAUCAUUUUGUUCUAUGUGUCAAAUUUAUUGUUUAUUGUUGUUUUAUUAUUGUAAAAUUUCACAUUUAUUUAUGCAUUUGUUGUUUGCUAUUCAGUUAUUGUUGUUUUGUCGUCAUAUAUUCAAAUUUGAGAUGUUGUUAUGAUAGACUUUUUUUUUUUUUACUGUAAGUGAAUGCAAUAAUAUUGACAUUAGAUGUUAUAACUACACAUGUUGAACCCUUUUGGCUUACACUGUCAGAGGUGUAGUGAGAUAUUUGUGUAAGAAACUGGACAUGUUUGGUCAGUAACAGUGGAGUUUGUGCAGUGUGUAGUGGAUUACAGCAAAAUUUCUCUUAAAUAUCUCCUACCCUCUGAUUGUUUCUUAGCAUUGAAACUUUUCCUUGAUCGGUUUUAGGUCCUGAAGCUGUUGUCCAUCUCUUAUCGUUUGGUUGAGUCUUGGGAGAUUCCCAGUCGUUCUCUGUCUGGAGGUUCUGCUCCAAGAAACCAGAUCUCCCGCACACUAACUGAACUGAAGACGGGAAUCCUGCUGCUCAUCAGGGUGAGAAAACUCACACUUGAAUCGUAUAAUAUAAACCAAUGUGUCCAACCAACCUACCGUUUUUGAGUAACCUCUUGGCUCCACAGGCCAAUCAGGAUGGAGCAGAAAAUUUCCCUGAUAGCGCCGCCCUCCAGCUGGCUCCUUAUGGAAACUUUUAUCAGAGUCUGAGUGCUGAUGAAUCUCUGAGACGAACCUAUGAAUUGCUGGCCUGUUUCAAAAAAGACAUGCACAAGGUGAGGAAGAAGGAGUGAGGAGCCAUGGUGAUGAAGAGCCUGAUUAUUGAAUGAAGUUUUGAUCAUGUUGUUUCUGUCCACAGGUGGAGACCUAUUUGACUGUGGCUAAAUGUAGACUCUCUCCAGAAGCUAACUGCACCUUGUAGCCAGGAGUUUCUGCACUGAGGCCUCAUUAAUGAUAUCAGCGUUUGUGUUUUGUAGCUCUGCCUUUAUGUUCUCUUACUUGCUAAUCAGUGUUAAUGUCAGCUAAGCCUCUGUCCAGAGUUUUAGUAAAGCAUGCUUAGCUGCUUAAGUCUUAUCAAUAUGAUAAAACCUAAGGCAUUCCAAUGUCAUCACAGUGGGACCAGGAAGUAAUGUGAUGCUAUCAAGAUGUAUAAUAAAGUUUGUGGCAUUAAGAAA